AUGACCGUAGAGAUGAUCUGGAAGAAAAUCCCCAUUUCCGAAUCUGAGGUAUGUCUCAGUAGGGUAUUGCGAUGUGGGCAGACAUUCCGGUGGAAAAAUAUCAAUAAUAUUUGGUCAUUUGCAAUUAGAGAUCGAAUAAUUCUUCUCCAACAAGAUCAUGAAAAUCUUUACUAUUCGCAUAUACUAAGGGUUGAUAAAAGGGGCACUGACAAGGAGACUUUUUCGUUUUUGAACGACUACUUCACCUUGGACGUUAAACUUGAGGAGUUGUACAAUAGUUGGAAACAAAGCCAUUCCAAAUAUAUCACUGUGAAGCAAGCCGAAGCGGCGUCGCCGUUUGAUUUAUUCACUGGAAUUCGCAUUUUGAGACAGGAUCCCUGGGAAUGCCUUAUUUCCUUUAUUUGCUCGUCUAAUAACAAUGUGAAGCGAAUAUCUAAAAUGUGUGAUAAUUUAUGUAUACAUUUUGGUAAUUUUAUAAAUGAACAUCAGGGGCAUAAAUAUUAUUCAUUUCCUACCGCUGAACAAUUAUCCAAAGAAGGAGUUGAGAGUAAAUUACGCGAUUUGGGAUUUGGAUAUAGGGCGAAAUAUAUAUACCAAACAGCAAAGAAAUUCACUAGCGCUGAAUUUCCUGACAUCACAAUUGAAAACUUGGAAAAACAACGAGAUUCGCUUUAUGAACAAGCUCAUGAAUUUUUAUUACAACUUAGUGGUGUUGGACCAAAAGUUGCUGAUUGCAUUUGUUUAAUGGCUUUGGACAAAUGGGAUGUUGUACCUAUAGAUACGCAUGUUUAUCAAAUUGCCAUUCGCGAUUUCAAGUACAAGGGUAAGAAAGAUUUGAAAACAUUGAACAAAGAAAUGCAUCAAAGUAUAAGGUCAUUUUUUAAGAAUAUUUUUGGAGAGUAUGCUGGUUGGGCACAAUCGGUUUUGUUUGCUGCUGAUUUGAGUGAUUUAAAUAAUGGAACAAAUAUAGUCGAAGCGAAAGUGGAAGUUGACGGUGAACUAUCCAGAAAGAGAAUAGAAGAUAAAGUAGAUAAAGUCACAGUGAAGACGAUAAAGAAAGUGAAAUUGAAUAGCACAAUUAAAGUAGAGUCGUAG